UUCAGUCUUGCAAUUUGUUGCGGGACUGUGAAAUAUUGAUGCGAGCACCUUGCUAAACGACGUCGACAUUUGAAAGUGUAUUUUAAUCGAAAGAAAGAGAAAUGUCUUUAGCCUUUGUUCAGCCACCACAGAAGAAGGGACCUCCUCCAAAUCAAGCAUCGAUCCAGAAGAUGCUUGAUGAAAAUAACCAGUUGAUACAGACCAUUGUGGAUUAUCAGACGAAAGGGAAGGCAUCAGAAUGCAUGCAAUAUCAGCAGAUGCUGCACCGAAAUUUAGUUUAUUUGGCGACCUUGGCAGAUUCAAACCAGAAUGUCGCCAAUCAGCUCUUACCAGCUCUUGGGCAGUCCGGACAGGGAAACGCAUCUUCUCAGCAGUCAAACCCUCAGAUGAGUCAGAUGAGACCCCCAGGCAACAUGCCUAACCAGAUGCCCCCUGGUGGAGCACAAGGAUCUGUCAAUCAUUACAUGGGCGGAGCCAGUAUGUCUCCACCGAACAGUAUGUACUCUCAACAAGGUCCCGUGGGAGCCCCAGGACAGUCAGGUCCUGGGGGCUUCACACAGGGACCGAUGCAGUCACCGAUGAACCCGCCUAACCUGGUAACCUGUGGGAACUUCAGUCAGGGACAACAGAAUUACAAUAUGCAGCAUGGCAACUAUGGAAAUCAGCCAGGUGUUCAGCCAGUGAUGUCACAACAGCAGCCGGGAAUGACCCAACAACAACCAAUGAUGUCACAAGGCCAGCAGCCAAUGAUGUCACAAGGCCAGCAGCCAAUGAUGCCACAGAAUCAACAACAGAUGAUGUCUCAAAAUCAGCAACCAAUGAUGCCACAGAGUCAGCAACAAUCAUUGGGAUCUCAGAAUCAACAGCCAAUGGUGUCGCAGAAUCAGCAGCCAUUAGCUGCACAGAAUCAACAACAACCUCCAAUGAUGUCACAAAAUCAGCCACAGCCAAUGAUGUCGCAGAAUCAGCCACAGCCAGUGAUGUCACAGAAUCAACAACAGCCAAUGGGCUCACAGGGCCAGCAGCCCAUGAUGCCCUCUCAAGGAAUGAUGUCUGCUGGAAACAGAAUGGCAAGCCAAGGAGGACAGAUGAUCAACCCGCAGAUGCCCAUGCAGGCUGGAUACAAUCGUCAGCGUCCACAGCAAGGGCAAUAUCAACAAAACUACCAAGGGCAACAGCCAUAUAAUAAUCAAUCUCAGUACCCACAAGGUCAAGGCCAACAAAAUUUCCCCCAGGGCCAUGGUUACACCCAAAACAUGCAACAGAAUCAGUAUGGGGCUUACCAAGGGCAAAACAACCCACAAAGAUAUGCCCAAUUCAGAAGCCCCUCUAACAUGGGAGGUCAAAUUAAUCCAGGUCAAAUACCCAGUCAGAUGUCGGGCCAGGGACAAAUGACAAACCAAACUCAGAUGGGAGGACCAGGACCAAUGCCCUCUCCGCAAAAUUCCAUGGGAACACAAGGUCCAAUGCCAAAUCAAGGUGGUCAGAAUCCAAUGUCUGGUCAAGGAGGAAUGCCAAAUCCAGGCCAGGGGCCUUCAGGUCCAUCUCCUAUGGCAAACCCCGGGCAGCAAGGAGGGUCGCUGCCCGGACAGAAUCCUGGGAAUCCAAUGCCGGGACAGGGACAGAUGAACAACUAUGGCUACCAGCAGAAUCAGUUUUAACUACUUGCUGAUUUUGAGAGGGUCUGUAUAGAGGAAGAGUCUGAUGAGGAAAAAGAUUAUUGGUGAAUUUGAAAAAAAAUUCUGGAGUUGCUUUUGUUGUGCAGCUAUUUUGAGUCUGUAAUCAAAGAACAAAUUUUUGUAGUUUUGUGACAUGCUCUAAACUCAAAAUCAAAGAUCUCAUGUACAGUAUGGAUGAGUACUUAGUUUGUAAUUCAUUUAAUUCCAGAAUUUUUGUUUGUGCUGUAAUUUUCUGUAGAUAAUGUAUAAAUGACUGUGAAAUCAUUUUUAAUGUGGUUUCAAUUUUGCACUUUCUCUAUAUCUAUGAACAACCAUGAUCAAUUCUUUUGUAAGUAAUGGUAACUUUUCAAUGAAAUGAUUGAUUUGAUAAAACAUGAAAAUUGACAACUACAUAAACAAAUGAUUUCACAGCUAUUGGUCAGUAGGUAGUUAUAGGUGAUAGUUUUUGCUGCCAUACACAGUGCAUGUUUUAUUACAAUAUUGUGGUGCUAUAUAUAAAUUUUGCUCUGACACUUGAUUCAAAAUUAGAAGGAAGACUUUCUUUAAGUUUGUUGUGUUGCCUAUUUCCCCCCUAAACUACAAGAUCACUGGUUAUAUAUAAUUUUAAGGUGAUAAUCACUAUUCUUUGUCGAAAACAGAACUGUGUUUAACUUUUAGACUUUGUUUAGUAGAGAAUCCAGUAAUGAAAAAUGAAAUGGAGCUGCAUUGUCAUUGUAGUAUUAUUUUACUGUAAAUAUGACUUUUUAUUUUUUAAUUAUAUUCCUUAUAAAUUGCAUUAUUUCAUGUUGGGAAUAUGGCUUUCAUAUAGCCUCAAAAAAAAAAUUAUCUUGUUCUUGGGCCAUUAGAUGCAGCAGACGGAUAAUGAUGCUGCCACAUUUUACUUUUCCACACAGAAACCAAUUUUAAUUCCUUUGCGUGUACGUAUAUACUUACUGUAGUAAUAAAUUACAUAACUAUAUAUAUAUAUGCAUCAAAGUAUUCAAAGUGGAUGUUGAUUUUCUUCUUAAGCAAUUUUAAAUUGUAUUAAAAAAAAAAUUAGUUUUUUUUUUAAAUGUGCUGAUGCAAUUGUCUAUUUUGGCACAUUCAAAUUACAUGUGGGUAGGUCUGAAAACCAGAUAAUCAACUUUUUGGGGCCCAAGGGUGCUUUCAUUUAAUCAGUACAGUGUAGUGAUGAGACUACAGAGAAUCUCGUGGUAACUUAAAUAUUUUUACAUCAUAUUGAUGUGUUGAUAAAUAUACGCGUUGCGUAGUCUUGAUCAAAGCAAUUUUUUAUUGUUACGAAUAUUCAUAUACAUUGCAUAGCAUUAAAAAACGAAUUUGUGUUAUAAAUGGUAGAAAGAUUUGAUUGUUGGAAAUACUUUGCAUUGUGACUGUAGAUUGUAAGGAUUUGCUUUUUUCUAUUUAGAAUUCAAGUUGAAAAGCUAUGUGGCCCAGGCCUAGUAAAGAUGUGCCAUUGAAUGUAAAUUGAGUGUUGAGAAGUGGAAUGCACUGAAGCAUGCUUUACCCUGAAUUUUAUUUCAGUAAUACUGGGGACUCGGAUGACUGACUUUUAUUUCAGUAAUACUGGGGACUCGGAUGACUGAGUUUAUUCCAGUAAUACUGGGGACUCAGAUGACUGAGUUUUAUUUCAGUAAUACUGGGGACUCGGAUGACUGAGUUUUAUUUCAGUAAUACUGGGGACUCGGAUGACUGAGUUUAUUUCAGUAAUACUGGGGACGCGGAUGACUGAGUUUUAUUUCAGUAAUGCUGGGGACUCGGAUGACUGAGUUUAUUUCAGUAAUACUGGGGACUCGGAUGACUGAGUUUAUUUCAGUAAUACUGGGGACUUGGAUGACUGACUUUUAUUUCAGUAAUACUGGGGACUCGGAUGACUGAGUUUAUUUCAGUAAUACUGGGGACUCGGAUGACUGAUUGGAUCAUUAGUAUGUUUUAUAUGCUGACUCAGCUGGGUACGUGAAUUAUUGUAAGACUGUCACUAGAGUCAGUGAUAAAUGGAAGUCUUGCAUGUGGCAGACUAUUAUUUUGUUGGAGGAUGUAAUCUAUUUCAGCUCACAUGUGCCUAUGAAUAAAGGUUCGUGUGUGCUUUUCUGAUUGAAGUUUGUUGUCUCUAGAUAUACAGGUGUCUCUAGGCUGUGCACAUUCGUUUAUUGUUUCUCCAGAAUGAAGUCCCCUAAUUUUCUUCUGAAAGAGUUGUAAAUUAUACAGUGUCCAGUUAGAUAAAAAGGUCGCAGGUACUGAAAUUCGGAUAUGGUCAUACAAUGUCCAGUUUUCCCUGGGGUAGUGGUAUGUUUUUCACCAUGCUUGUUAUAAACAUUCCUCAGAAACACCUGGAAAUGUUUGUUUACCUACUCCCAACUCUAUCGUAAAAAUUUGGAUUUCUAGGUGUUUUUUUCUUCAUAUUUACUUUUAAGCAAGCAUUUGAAUGUGAUAUGAUGGGGUUAACAUUCAAAAUUGUAGCUAGAUCUAGUUGUGGUGAUUAUCAAUUCAGCAUUCCAAUGGACGCAACAAUUUCCUGACUUGACAACUAGCAUGGACAUUUGUGUCAUUGCAACACAUCUAGUACAAAUUGUCUUUGAAGUUCGAUAUUUUACUUGAGUCGCAUUUAAAUUCAUGUGUGACGAAUAUGAUGCCCCUUUUUUACAUUGGAAUUGUAGGUGAUUAAACAGACUGUUGGUUUUUGUUAAUCAGGCGAGCAGUGUGGUGGAUAACUGUCUUGUAAUUGUGUAUAAAUGUUUGGUGGUGGUAUAUUACUUGUAGACUUGUGUUCUGAAAAGAUUAUACAUUUAUAAUUUCAAAUGGAAGUUUGAACAGUGUUCAGUGAAAAUGAUAUACAUGUAUCUCACAACGAUAAGUAUAGAAGGUUGUAAAUUUUGAUGGUGAGAAUUUACAUAUCCAGAGUUAGACUUAUAGUAAAUAAAUAAAAAUUAUCCAUUCCAGGAAUUUUUUUUUUUAGUGUCAUAUCUGUUACACGUUAACACUGCAACAUUAAGAAUUAUUUUUUCCCUUUUACAUGUACAAUAGAAGUCUGAUACAUUAACCGAACAAUGCUUGCCAGUGUAAUGUGUCAUUCACACCAUAAAGAAAUUACACAACCCAAAUAAAAGUAGGCUAUCCAUUCUCAUUUUUCAAGAAAUUGAAACUUCAAAAGCAUUAAGACCAAAUUUCUCAAAAUAAAUCUUGAAGAUAAAAUUUUCAAUUGAGAUUCAAACACAGCCAGAUUUUCAGACAACACUUUUACUGCUUGACCAUCAAUAAUGAACAAUUGGGAUUAGGGGGUGUAUCAGGCUUCAUUGUACUGUACAGUGAAUUUAAUGUAUGGUGAAUUGAUUUGUUGGGAUUUACUUUGAAAUAGACUAUAUUUACUUGUCCGACUGAUAAAAGAGGGAGCAAAAAUGUUUUGAGGGAUUAUUUCAUAGUGCGAAGUUGAACUUUGCAGAACAAAAUGUGGUAUAAAAGUCUGACACGUGUGAUGGGAUUCACUUGUAACCUGUUUUAUAAAUGUAAAGUAACUGUUGUCUGAACAAGUAUGUGUAUGUAUUUAUAGAGAUAAUUAAACUUUGUGGUAGAAAAUGA